AUGGUCUUCUUCCCUAAGCAGGCAGACAAGAUUUCCACUGAUCCAACAACUCAUGGCUCAUUAUUUGUGCCAGUCAUUCUAGGCAGCAAUAAGACCACGGUUUCUGUUGCAACAGGCCAAAACAAGUAUUAUUCACUGUAUAUUUCAGUGGGAAAUGUUCAUAACAAUGUCCAGCAAGCACAUAGGAAUGCUGUAGUGUUGCUGGGCUUUCUAGCCAUCCCAAAAAGUCUCAAACCUGGGAUGUUAGUCCCAGAGAUUGUACGCUGUGCCAACAUGCACUUAAGGCAUGUCAUUUAUGGUAUUGGGCCAUACAUUGCCGACUAUCCAGAGCAAGCUCUUCUUGCAUGCAUAGUUCAAGGAUGGUGUGCUCGUUGUAUUGCGUUACCCAACAACCUCGACGGUGAAGGUGGCCAACACUAUGAUCAUACAGAGGUCCUUGCUGACUUCCUUGAUCUGCAUGUCUUACGGGAUCAAUAUGGUAUUGUGAGCAACAUUGUACCAUUCACCCAUGAUUUUCCUUGUGCUGACAUCCACGAGAUCCUGGCUCCCGACCUUCUUCACCAAGUCAUUAAAGGUACCUUUAAGGAUCAUCUUGUGACUUGGGUGGAGGAUUAUCUCAAUCUAAUAUAUGGCAAAAAGCAUGCUGAAGAGAUCUCAGAUGACAUUGACCGGUGGAUUGCAGCAGCUCCAUCGUUUUCUGGACUUCAACAAUUUCCACAGGGCCGUGGAUUCAAGCAGUGGACUGGCGACGACUCAAAAGCCUUGAUGAAAGUCUAUCUUCCCGCUAUCGAAGGGUACGUCCCACCGGAUAUAAUAUGCACAUUCCGUGCUUUUUUAGAUUUCUUCUACUUGGUCCAGCAUGAUACUUACAGUGACAGCAGCAUUCAGCAAGUGCAAGACACAGGCAAAGAUUUUCACCGGACCCGUGUUAUCUUUCAGACACUGGGUCACUAUCCCCUACUCAUUUGCAUGUUUGGCUCUCCAAACGGCCUUUGCUCCUCAAUCACAGAAUCAAGACAAAUCACAGCUGUGAAAGAACCAUGGCACCGCUCGAGUAGAUAUGAGGCGCUUGGCCAAAUGUUAUUAGUCAACCAGCAACUUGAUAAACUUGCAGCUUCUUGUGUAGAUUUCACAAUGCGCGGCAUGCUGACAGUUCGUCAAUACUCAACCAAAUGUUAUGAGCUCAGUCUGCAGCUCAAUCAGCCCCGCCUAGUUGAGUUGAUUCGGUGGUUUCUCUACAGCCAAGCACGCAUCAAUGAUUGUGAUGCACCUUCAGCCUUCGAUAUACCACUGCAUCAGUGCCCCACAUUCAACUCAAGGGUAGUCGCAACACAUUCAGCCAUUGCAUAUUUUAUGCACCAAGUGAUAAUAGUGGGGUUGGUGCGUGAUCCUUCAAUCACAGGAAUCAGAGGACUCGACGUUGUUCAAAUCUUCGCAUUUCUUUCUUUCUCUCAUAAUAACACAACUUACCCUUGUGCACUUAUACAGUGGUUUUUUCAUAUUUUAGAUGAGCCAGAUGAACUCACUGGGAUGUGGAAGGUCCAGCCUGAUACGAAUAACAACGCAUCACCCAGUCUUGAAAUCAUUCAUCUGGACUGUAUAUUUUGUAGUGCACAUCUCAUGCCAGUGUUUAGUGAAUAUGGUCACUGCUUUAUUCCAUCUGACAUUGAUUUUACUAAUUCGCUAGAUAGAUUCUCUACAUUCUACAUAAACAAGUAUAUUGAUCGUCAUGCCUUCGGGCUUGGCCAACUUGACAUGUAA